AGAAGACGACGAGGGGGAGGAGGAACCAAAGAAGAAACCAAAGAAGAAGAAGGAGGAGGUCCUCUUCAGACUUGGAGACGUGAAGCUGAUCUUAUUGUGAAUUUAUUCACUAUUCUCGCUUUUGCACGAGAAUAGUCCGUGCUUACACUUGCGUGCUGUUGUUUGCGCUUCAGCAUGGCGGUCGUCAUCCGUUUACAGGGAUUGAGGGCCACAGCAGGCUCUGAGGAUAUUCGCAAGUUCUUCACUGGCCUCAGAAUUCCAGAUGGAGGGGUGCAUAUAAUUGGUGGGGAGCGAGAGGAAGCUUUCAUUAUCUUUGCUUCAGAUGAAGAUGCAAGAAGAGCCAUGACACGAUCAGGGGGUUGCAUUAAGGGUACACCUGUUAUGUUGCUACUAAGUAGUAAAACAGAGAUGCAGAACAUCCUGGAAAGAAGUACAAGAAAUGCAGAGCUUGAUCAAAAGAGGCGAUUUGAGGAUAAUGCAAGACGUACUAGAAGAUCUGUUGAACCUGAGGUGGGCAGGAGAUCCGGUAUCAGAUUGGGUCAUACACCUCCACCCCAACAUCAGAGGGCUUCAAACACUGAUGACUUCUUGCAUGUGUUUCUAAGAGGAAUGCCUUUCUCUGUGACUGAAGCGCAAGUCCGUGAGUUUUUCUGCGGUUUAGCUAUUGAUGAAAUAGUGUUCUUGAGAAAUGGAAAUGGUGCAAAGAAUGGGAAAGGACUCGUCAAAUUUGCAACAAGAGAGGAUACAAAUGAAGCCCUGAAGAGGGACAGGGAAUACAUUGGGCCAAGGUAUGUGGAGGUUUCCAGAAUAAGCCUAGAUGAUUGGUGUCGGGUUAUUGGUAAAAUAUCAAUGGCUGUCAACAAGGAGGACAGCUUUGAAAGGGACAGAUCACCUCUUCGCAACCAGAGGAAUCCACAACAUCAUGUUAGGUCGCAGUCACCUUUCACCCAGAGGUCCAUUGUUCCUUCUGAUGAGGAGUACUGCGUUCUUGUGGAAAAUCUGUCCUAUGCGAUGGAAAAAGAAGACAUAAAAACGCUUUUUUGUGACGCAAAGCUUGAGGAUGACCAGAUCCUGGACUUAAUGGGCGAUGAGGGGAGAAGAACUAGAUCUGCAUUUGUGCUGUUCAAGAAUCAGCGUGACUAUUGUGAAGCCUUAACUCAUGAAAAAAGGUCAUUUCUCAACCGGUGGAUUUUUGUCCGCCCAGUCUCAAGAGAGAAAAUGAUUUCCAUUUUGAAUUCUUAUAACACAGAUGACAGACCUCCUGGAAACUCUGACAGGUUUCAGCAGAGGCCUCCAUCUUACCUCAGUGAUGCUGAGGAUGAAAAAGUGUGCGUGUUUGUGCGGAACCUACCAUUUGAUGUACGGAAAGUUGAGAUCAUGGACUUCUUCCUUGGGUUUAAUAUCGCAGAGGACAAGGUGUUUAUGCUGCAUGACCAUAAAGGCGCUGGGGUUGGCAAGGCUUUGCUUCUCUUCGGGUCUGAGGCUGAAGCUAUGAGUGCACUCUCUCUCAACGGACAAAGGUUUCUUGGGUCAGAAGUCAUACUGAGAUGCAUUUCACGAUCUCAGAUGCGACAGUUGGGUGUUGAGCCACCAGUGAUGCAAAAGCCAUUGCCAAGAGAGGAGCAGUACUCAGGCAGGAGCAGCGAGGAAUCCUAUCACCCUGCUGACACAGAAUACCCUGACUUUAGGAUUCCUCAUGAUGGUAAUAUGACAAUGACAAAUGUACAGGAUCAAAGCCAUGGAGACUGUGAUUAUGAGCCCUAUGCAGGAGGCCCUUAUGUUCCACAAGACAGAGGUAAUAAUAUUCGUGGUAGCUUUGGUCCCUCAGUGCAGCAGUUUGAUGGUCCCCCAAUGAAGCAAUUUGAUGGUCCCGCCACUGUACAGCUUGUUAAUCUGCCAUUCCAGGUCAGAAGUGAAGAAAUCUAUGACUUUUGCUAUGGAUAUCGCAUUAUCCCUGGAUCUGUCAAACUGCAGUAUGACCAGAGCGGGAAAAAAGCCUCUGCAACUGCAGCAUUUGAGUCCCGUCUGGAGGCAUUAGCGGCGGUUGAGGAACUGAGUGGAAGACCAGUAGGUCCAAAAAAAAUACAACUACAACUUGUGUGAAUGUGACAUUGCUUUCCAUGGCACCUAAUGUGCUUUUGCAGUUUGUUUGCGACAUACACAAUGUUGAUUUAAGCAAAGUUGAUUUAAUGCCCUUUCUUUUUUUUUUUAUUAUUUGGUUGUGGCAUGUUUUUUUUUUCUUUUUCUUAAUUACAUAAAGAAAGUAAUGGGUAAUUUGGACUAAUUUUGUAUACAAUGUUCAUUGUAAAGUAAAUUACUGGACUUUUGGUUUUGUCACUGAAAUAUUUUUGUUAAAUUCAACUUCCUACUCGGAAAAGUGUUUGGACAUUUGAUUUAUACUGUUAUUGUGAAAAACUGUGUUUUUAUAAAAACACAUACAGUACA